AUGUCCUUUGUCUAUGGGGACCCAGUGGUUAAGCUGCGUGAUCUUGUUUGGGAACGGAUUACAAGGAUUGGAACAACAAGGACAGACCCAUGGUUUUUAAUAGGGGACUUCAAUGAGAUCACAGGAAAUCAUGAGAAACAAGGUGGACCCCUACGUCAAUCAUCCACUUUCAUUCCUUUUAACUUGAUGAUAAGCGACUGUGGUUUUGUGAACUUCCCAAGCCGUGGGAAUACACUAUCAUGGAGGGGACGGAGGCGAGGGAAAAUAGUGCGGUGCCGGCUGCCGGCUGGACAGAGCGUUAGCUACGGAAGAAUGGCACGACCUAUUUCCGGUUUCACAUAUUGA